UCUCCAGCCUUGAUUGGUGCAGUAGGUGUGGCAGAAAGAGCAGUAGCAGCUAAAGGCAUGUAGCCCUUGCUCAGACUCAGAGUGUGCAGUGGCUGGCCCUAUAUAACACACAGCACAAAGAAGCUAUCCCAUCCUCUUCUUCCUCCUCACAUCCAUCCAUCCAUCCAACCAACCAACCUUGUGUGUCUUCCUCACCAGGAGGCCAUCUCUCUCCUCCACUCCUCAGCAGCCAUGGCCACAUGAGAGAGAGAGAGAGAGAGAGAAGGGGAAGCCAUUGGUGGCAGUAGAGAGUUGCGAAGGGCCAUCUCUUUCAGCUUGACGGGGAGAGGAGAGGGCUAGCUAGCUUCUUGGGCUUGGCUGGGUUGGGAGUAAGAACAAGGUGGCUAGGAGCUAGGUAGGGUAGGUGCUGAGGUUGGUGGCGAUGAAGCCGUCGCCGUCGACGGUGGCGGCGUUCUACGCGACGCUGGCGCGGGGGCUGGACGAGCUGGACAGGUCGCUGUCGUCGACGGAGUUCGUGUCGCUGGCGUCGCUGCGGGCGGCGCUGGGGCUCAUCAGGGCGGCGCAUGCGGGGCUGGCGCGGCUCGUCGGGUCGCUCCACCUCCCCGGCGGCGCCGCCUGGCUGGACGAGUACAUGGACGAGACCUCCCGCCUCUGCGACGCCUGCCGCGCGCUCCGCGUCGGCGCCGCCGGCAUCGAGGGCUACUCCGACUCCGCCUCCCGCCUCGCCUCCGCCCUCCGCGCCGCCUCCGCCUCCCCCUCCCCCUCCGCCGCCCACCUCUCCUUCGAGGUGACGAGGGCGAUGUCGGCGUGCAGGAGGGACGCCAUGGCGAUCAGGGAGGAGAACAGGGUGCUGGUGGAGACGCGCGCGGAGGCGCUGGCGCUCCGCCUCGCCGAGACCGUCCCGCCCGACGCCAAGUUCACCGGCUUCAACGGCUUCCGCGGCGUGCUCUGCGCCACCAGGAUGCUCACCUCCUUCCUCCUUACCCUCCUCUCCUGGGGCGUCCUCCACUACUGGCCCGACGCCGCCGCCGCCACGGACUGCGGCGCCUACUUCGGCGCCGCGUUCGCGUCGGCGCUCGCCCGCGCGCAGCAGCGCGCCGCGGCAGAGGCCGCCAGAGCGGCGGCGGCGGCGGCGGCCGCGCACUCCGCCGCCGGGGGCGGCGCGAUGAUGCUCGAGUUCCGGCGCGCCAGGGCGGCGGUCGAGCAGGCCAGGGACGCCACGGACAGGGCCGGCGACGCGGCGGCGGAGGUUGCCCUGCGCGCCGACGCGCUGAGGUCCGGGUGCGAGGACGUCAUCGCCCUGAUCGACGACCUGUUCGACGAGGUCGCCGAGGGGAGGAAGAAGCUCCUCGACCUCUGCAGCGGCGGCAACUAACAAUCGGCAGUGGCGGCGGCGAGCCGCCAUGGCAGGCAGGCAGGCACACCACCUGCAGCCUGCCUCUGCUUCUUGGCUGUCCUCUUCUUCACUCUUCAGCUUUGCUUCUGUUCCAUGGGGUUCUUGAGAGCUGGUAACACUAGUUGCACAUGUCUGAUCAUAAAUGGCAUUAGCAGAUAUGGACUCCAAACAGUUGCAAACAGUGUCCAACACAAAGAUGCUAUCCUACUAGCCUCUCCAUUUUCUGGAUGAUUAAGGUUAACUUCCAUGGUUUGACAACCCAUCAAAUAUAUAUAAUUAAUCAAAUGAUCAAUUAACUGUGAGCUGUUCAUGAAUGAAUCCUACUGAUGUCUGGAGCUAUGUAGGGCUCUCGUGCACCAGAGAUUGACCUGCACUGCCAUUCUUAAUCCUUUUCACAAGGACCAAAAGAGACCCCAAAAACCAAAUCUUUGCACAUGUCAAAAUCUCAGACAGGUUAUGAGCUAGCACUCACUACUGUACCCAUAGCUACACUUACUACUAUCAAAGUGCAAAGAAUUCUCCUUCUUUCUAAAACAUUUUGCAAGGAAAAAGAUGCUGCAAACUUUUGAGCAGGUAGAGGGAGAUCUCUCCAAGUCUGGGAACAGUUUGAUCCUAGGACACUAGAACAGGGGAAGAAUAGAACAAGUGGAGGGAUAAAGUAGGGUAGGGACCCCCUCUCCUCCCAAACACACACACUAGUACGGCAGAAUCAGAACUGAAAGUGUGUGCAGCAGUGGACAGUAGUUGCUGGGGGAGCCUUUUGCCUGACACCCACACUUGUUGACUCCGGGGAGGAACAGCAGUACAGGUAGGAACUGAGCCCCCUGCCCUGCAGCCAAAGAUCACAGGCAAGGCUGCCAUGGAAAGAUCUCCACAGGCACGGGCCAGCCAUCAACCAUCACAAAGGCCCAUAACCUGACUGACUGACAGUCACCCUCUCCAUCUCUUUCACUCAAUAAUGGGUGUUUAGUUGACGAAACAAAAUUUUUUCGAUAUUAAGUCAAACCAUUUGAUAGGAUAUCGAAAAGAGUUUUUGACACAAAUAAAAAUACGAAUUUCAU